GCGUUGCUAACAGUGACGCAAUCAUUCAUUAGCCUAUGCUUUGAGGUAGGAGCUUGUUGUUAAAAUCAUAGGAAGACGUUUGGUGAAGAGAGUAAACUGUGAUUUUUGAUUGAACGUGAAAACGUGUGUUAAACACGAACGUAGACAGCUGAGCUCAGUUCUGUUCAAUCGACAGUUAUAAUAUCUACUGCCUGAUGGAAAACGUCUUUAGAGAACACCUCAGUGGUGUUUUUUAAGCCCAGUCAAUGUUUCAGUGUUUCUUUGUCGGCGGAGACUUCCUCCUGUUAGCUAAACCGAGUUAAGGAUGUAGGCUAACGUUAACCUAAAAAAAGUGGAUGGUGUCUAUCCAGCCACACACCCACGACAGCUUUAUUGAGUGAGAUGUCUUGUCGUGAUUCUAACCUUAUUACUGGAUCAUCGCUACAGUUAUUGAUGUGGGUUCCUUCACUUGAUCAACACCGACAUUUUCCUGUACGGCGGGCAGUGAAUAAGCUUCCUGCCACAGGAUCCAUCCCCGAUGUUGGGAUGUCACUACUGAAGCCACCACCACGUUGGGUAGAAGACUUCUAGUCACCAUGCCUCAACACUGGUCAGCCAUUUGUGGGGAAGAAUGGUGUAUGCCACUGACGUUGCCAUUGCUCAUGUUGUGGAGGCCAACACCACCUUUCCCAGCCUGGUUGGUUUUAGGGUGCUGAACUCCACCCAGCACCCUGAGGCUCACCAGGAGAUGGAGCAACUGUCGACCGAGAACAGUUCUGUAGGAUACAGGACAUUUUCAGAACCAGUGAGUCCGGCGCCACGGGACAAUGAACCAGGCCUCAGCCUACCACUGCAGAUAUUUUUCUGCAUCGUCAUCAUUGCAAUCCUGUUGGUGGCCUUCCUGGGUAAUGUGGUGGUGUGUCUGAUGGUCUAUCAGCGAGCCGCCAUGCGCUCGGCCAUCAACAUCCUGUUGGCUAGCCUAGCGUUCGCAGACAUGAUGCUGGCGGUCCUGAACAUGCCUUUUGCCUUGGUGACCGCUGUAACCACAGACUGGAUCUUUGGGGAUAUCUUCUGCCGGGUGUCGGCCAUGUUCUUUUGGCUCUUUGUCAUCGAAGGGGUGGCCAUUCUGCUCAUCAUCAGCGUGGAUCGCUUCCUCAUAAUUGUACAGAAACAAGACAAGCUAAGCCCACGGCGAGCCAAGGUUCUCAUUGGAAUCUCAUGGGGCUUGUCUUUUUGCUUCUCCUUCCCUCUGGCUAUUGGUCAGCCGUCGCUGCAGACCCCACCCCGAGCCCCCCAGUGUGUGUUUGGCUACACCAGUGAGCCUGGGUAUCAUGCGUAUGUAGUGCUAAUAAUGCUAGUCUUCUUCUUUGUGCCGUUCAUGGUCAUGCUGUACACCUUCAUGGGAAUCCUGAACACCAUCCGCCAUAACACUAUUCGCAUCCACAGUCAUCCUGACAGCAUCAGUCUGAGUCAGGCCAGUAAACUGGGCCUCAUGAGUCUGCAGAGGCCCUUCCAAAUGAACAUCGACAUGAGCUUUAAGACCCGUGCCUUCACCACCAUCCUCAUCCUCUUCUCCAUCUUCACCGUGUGCUGGGCUCCGUUCACCACCUACAGUCUGGUCUCCACCUUCAGCAGCGGCUUCUACCACAAGAACAGCUUCUUCGAGAUCAGCACGGGGCUCCUCUGGUUGUGCUACCUCAAGUCGGCCCUGAACCCCCUCAUCUACUACUGGAGAAUCAAGAAGUUCCGUGUCGCCUGCCUUGAUUUGAUGCCCAAGUACUUUAAGUUCCUUCCUCAGCUGCCAGGCCAUACCAGGAGACGGAUCCGCCCGAGUGCUGUCUACGUGUGUGGGGAACAUCGUUCUGUGGUAUAGCAAUAGACUCGAAACACGGCUGAAGACAUUAUUCUUUACGUCUAUGACAUUUCUGACUAAUUAUAGUAAGCUGUGAUUUGUUUUUUUGCUUUUUGAAGGCUAUGUCUUUGCUCUGUGGAAAUCCGUUUACAACGCUUGUACAUUAAGUGCUUAAAAUGAUGGGGUGAAAGACCUGCAAAAAGCGUGUGUUGCCAUUGAUAUUUACUAGAAUGUUUGUUUAGUGAACACCAGUCAGGAUGCUGCUAUAUCUGGUGAAAAAUGUGCAAUUUCAGUGUACUGUACAAUUCUAUUGAAUGUAAUAAAAUGUGGAUAUUUGUUACAUUGUUAA